AAAUGGUAAUAUUUACAAAGAUUGUAGUUUUAGAUUAUUGUAAAACAUUAAUUUUUACAUUAACCUUUAAUAACUGUUUGGUUUUUCAUGUAUAAUGACGCCUUGUACCUAUCAUUUUAUGGCAAUCAUGGGUCUUCCUUAUGCUCACAAAAUAAAACAGUUGCAAGGAAUGCCACUUUCUUUGGAUCUUAUUCAUCCACAAUGGAGGAUUGACACAUUGCGUCUGAAGUCGGAAGAUGAUUCACAGAAUGAUGGUGUCAACAAAUUUGAUGAGUUGCUUACUGAGUUGUCUUCAAGAUACAAAGUGUGGUAUCUAAGUAAAAAAGAAUUUGCUACUUCUAUGAUUACCAAGCUUUUGAUCGAAUCUGAUGCGUUCUUUGAACCAAUGAUUCGUAAACCAAAAGGUAGACCUCCAAAAUCAAAAAAGAAAAGAGGAAUAACUUCUACCGCACGAGAUCCUUCAAGAUUCGUGGAAUCAUCACAAACACACAACCCUUCAAGUUCUACCGGUGACUUCCAUAUGAAUAAUGAAGUGUUUGAGAACAACUUAUUUGAUUUAAAUACAUAUCCAAUUUUUUAA